UGUUUUUUUUUUUAGUCGGCUGCUUGUAACUUGUCGUACAUUGAACGAAUAGAGCGUGAAAAUUAUGAUCGUAUCGAUUGUUCAAUAAUUUUGAUUGAAAAUAGUGGCAAACAAAAGAAAAAUCAAAUUUUAAUGGAAUUUGUGUAUAUUGCAUUGUAACCAAAGGGCAUUAUAAUUUAAUUCAUUUUAUAUUUGGUGGCAUUUAGAGCGGAAAUACACAACAAAAGACACACAAAAUGAGUAGUCGAUAUUCGGAUGACAAGCGCACGCAUCAUCAUUAUCGUGAUGAAAAGGAUAGGCAUCGAAGUCAAUAUGAACACAAACAUCGUUCAAGAUCACGUUCACGGUCCCGAUCUCAUUCGCCUGUCCAUAGGCACGGUUCAUCGUCAUCGUCGUCGGGCGGCAGCAAUAGCCGAAACAUUCAUCAUCAUCAUAGAGACAUAAACAGCGGCCGAAAUGGUUUGUCAUCGGUUUAUGGUCGCAAUGACGAACAUAAAUCGAGAGAUGCCGACGAAUUGAUCUGUCCACCACCGCCAGUCAUAUCAAAGGUCUCGAUGUCUAUUGGAAAAUCAAAUAUACCAGCCAAGCCAGUACAGUUGAAACUUGCACCAACCAAACCCAGUGAACCUGUGAAAAAGUUAACAGUUGCAUCAGCGUUUAGCAAUAAUGACAGCGACGACGACGAAGAGGAGGAGGUUCCAGUCAAAUACUCGCGCAACAUUGGACGUGAUACGCCAACUUCAUCGGGCCCAAAUUCAUUUGGAAAAACCAAACAGGGAUUCUGCGAUGUGAAGAAAAUCUUUGAAAAAUCUUUACGUGAAUUUAACACGGAAUAAGAACGCUAGAGGUAGAGGGAGGCUUUCUAUAAUUAUUAGUUUUUAAUGGAGUAAUCUUGAUUUGUCAUUUAAUUAAUCAAAAAUAGUAAUGAAACAUAGACCAAAUUAACCAUUGGGUUCUCAUUGCUAAUGGUCAAUCAUUUCUUUUCCUUCACCGCAAAUCCGCUAUAGUAUAAAAAAAUAUUUUCGCCACAAAUCAUGUUCAAUUGAGAUAUGCUUUCUUCCAUUUUAAAAAUUAUUUUAGAAACUGUCAAUAAUCUAAUUCAAAUAUUGUUUUCGGAAAAUCUUAUUCAAUACCCAUUGUAAAAUACUUGCAUAAAGCAAUAAAGAAAAUAGAUGCAGAUAUCAACCAA